AUGAAGUACGAACUUCUUGCCCUUGCCCUCAUCGGUGCCAUUGCUGCCCACCCAGCCCCCAGGGCUACAAAGCGCGAGGUUCCUCAGGAACACUCGCAUGAAAACAUCUUGAGGGCUGUCAACGAAGUCUUGCAGCAAGACAACCCAGAUGAGAUCCAAGAUGCUGUGUUUGGCCUUCUAGGUGCAGCGGCGGCAGCGGAGGGUGCUGGAAAUAUCGCUGAUGCUGGCAAGUGUUUAUAUAGAAGAUGUGCGGAUGAUCAAUCACUAAUAUCCACAGACUGCCUACAGCAAGCAACCGCUGACCAGGCCUUCACCAACGCGAAAGCUGCUGGUGACGUGGAUGGAAUGACCAAUGCACUCAUAUACCGUGCAUUAGAACGCAACACUGGUUCAGUCGGACUGGCAUCUGUGCCUUGCACAUCCAUCGAGGCGGUCAACCCUGAGAUUGCAGCUCUUCAGCAGCACCAGGACCCUGCCAGCGACGGUGCCAAGGAGUUGAACAAGGAGAUUGCAUCUGAGCUUGCACGCCAGAUUUCCGCCAUUGGUGGCGACCCAGCACUUGCGAAUGAGGCAUCGACGUUUGAGCCUGGCGAAAUUGGCGACCAGACCGGAGCCGGUAAUACCUGCGACGAUUUGGAUGAUGCGGCAGGGUGUAUCAACACGCUUAACCUCCGCGUUGAUGAUUUGAGCGAAGACGAGAUCGCUGCAGCUGUGGAUGGUGCUGGAGCUGGCGAGGCCGCUGCUGACAAUAAUGCCAACGCUGAUGCCGAUGCCGAUGCCAAUGCUGGUGACAACAACGCCAAUGCAGACGCUGGAGGCGAUGGCGGCAACAACAACGCCAAUGCAGACGCUGGAGGCGAUGCCGGCAACAACGACGCAAGCGCAGACGCUGAAGCCAACACGGGCAACGACAACAACGCGGCUAACUCUUGCAACAAUGCCAACAGCUCCCAGGCCGACAACGAGAGUGCCAACGCCAACGACACCGGCAGUAACAACCACCAAUAA